AUGGUAAAACUCGCACUUAUUAGCAGACAUAUCGUCAGUCAUCGUUCAAAUGUUCCGCUGUACGGUGUAAUCUUAGUUGAAGACGAAGAAAUAGACGACGUUGUCAUAGUAGAAGAAAAUAUUCCUGUCCAAGCUUUACUUUCCAAGUUUAAAGACUGGAAUCCAAUAAACUGUGAAAAUCAAUAUAUAUCACCAGGCAUAAUUGACAUAGGGAUUCCCCAGUCUGAGAUGACAUAUUGGCUUUGGCCUCUUUCCAGCAGCUUCUUUUAAGAUCUCUUAAUAGUCCUUUUUGGCUAGAAAAUGGAAACUCAGAGUACAGUGGAUGCUGAAAAAUGGCUACAGGUAAAGCGUAUAGCUAAUUAAGAUUAAGACAUAGGGGUUCGGGCUGAAUGGGAAGGCAACACAAAUAUUACUCAAAUGGCUGCAUCAGGCGGUGUUACCUUCAUUUUACAAGAAAAAUCGAUCUGCAACGAGGAAAGUGAAUCUACCUCAUUCAAACUUUAUUGCGAUGUUGGGCAAAUUCUGCGAAUUGACUCAACGAACUUUAAUGAUAUUGCUACAUUAAUUAAUUCAGGGGCUUUUGCAUUUAAAGGCUAUUUAUACCCUCCAAGCUGGAUGGUUCCUUCUCUCCCAGAGGAUCUCCCAGCGGUUUUUUCAGGAAUUAGGGAUACAGGGAUACCUUUGAUUAUUGAUCCAUCUUUACCUCAGACAAGGCUCCUAUUUAUGGCAUCUCCAUGCAGGCAUUUGUGCCUGAAAGACCGAUUAUUGACUGAUAUCAAGAAUGAUAAUGAGUUUUUUGCUUCUGCAUAUCCUGAUUCGACAAAUCCCGGACUUUCAGACGAGGAAGAUGAAGAAAUCGUGCUCCCUCAGCGUAAAAACGACAGAACUAGAUCUAACUGUAUUAAAUUCGUAGCAAGAUUUUCAGGAAACUACACAAAUGAUGCAGUUAGAAACUCUAGACCUAUGGAGCCAUUGAAAAAUAUACUAGAAAAUUCGCUUUUUGAAAGGAGCUGCAUGAGCUAUUUAGCAAAACCUGAACGAAGAAGAUCAAGCUAUCAUGAUAUUUAUGAAGAUCUAGAUUAUCGAGUUAAAGUAAACGAAGUCAAUAUUGCAGCUUUGAGUAAAGCUGAACAAAUUACAUAUGAAAAUGCAGGAAUUACAGUAUUUUCAAAAGCCCAAAAUCGACGAAGGAGCAGCUCUUUAUCUGAAUUUAAAUAUAUGGAGCCUCACUUUGUAGCUGAAGAAGAGCAUCAAACUUUUCGCCAAAAAAGAUUAAAAGGGAAAAGGCCAGUUCCAUUAAGCACCAACAAAGAAGAAUUCAGCACCCAAAAAGACCGACGAUAUUUAAACCACUUAGCGAAUAUCCCUGAUAAAUGGGAAGCCAAAGGGGUUGAAAAAGUCAUUGAAGUCUUACAAGCUGAAAGCUGCCGUGUCCAUUUUUCCAAUUUAUCAUCAGCUUCUGCUAUAAACAAAAUCAGACAAGCCAAAAAAAGCAUCGAAAAUAUCACUUGUGAAACAGCGCCUCAUUAUUUAUGCUUUAACGAGCAAGAUAUCAGGGACGGCGAUACACGAUUUAAAGAUUACCCCCCGAUAAGAAGUAAAGAAAAUUCCCAAUUGCUUUGGGAUUUAUUAAAAAUGAAAGGAAUUGAUGUGAUUUCUUCUCAUCAUGCUACAAUACCUAUUGAUUAUAAAAAUAUCGAUAAUGGGAGUUUUAAAAAAGCAUUAAACGGGGUAAACGGCUUGGGCUUUGCAAUGCAAGCGAUUUGGACUGGUCUUUGUUCCCCUAACAGUACAAAAUCCCAAAGAGAGCAUUAUAUAGUCAGGCUUUCUAAAUGGUUUUCUCUGCAUCCUGCCAAACUACUAGGAAUCAACCAUAGACGAGGCAGCAUAGACCGAGGCAAAUUUGCCGACCUUAUUAUCUGGGAUCCUUACGAAGAAGUCCAUGGAAACUCAAAUUCUGCUUUUAAAGAAAGCUGCAUUUACCAAGGCCGAAAACUGCUAGGAAAAAUUUCCAAAGUCUAUUUGCGGGGCAAAGUUGUCUAUAACGAAGGGAGUUUUCAUAAUCAUGGAGCCAGAUUAUCAAGUAUAUAA